AUGACGGACGUAGAUGGGUAUAAGACCAGAAGUAAGGCCAAAAUAUUCCCUCAGCUGGAUGAGAACUUCUUCUCUGACGAUAACUCGGACGGUACUGAUGAGGAAGUUGUAGAAAGAGUUGAUGAGGGUUUUAUCGAGGGUAACGAUGAUUUUGGUUACGGUGAGUCGGCAAACACGGCUCCGGCUCCAAAUGGAGCCACGAAACCGAAGAAGGCAUCAAAGAAGAGGGACAGAGCGGAAACCGCGCAGAUGAACCAGCUGGCUGCAAAGGACCAGUCCUUUCUGCAGAACGGGAACACGGAUAUCCCGGACGACUUCACCCCAGACACAGUGUCGCCAAUGUUCAAAUCUCACGACUUCAGUUAUCUAAGAUUAAGGCCGGAUCACGCAUCCAGACCCAUAUGGAUAUCCCCCAGUGACGGUAGAAUCAUCUUAGAGAGUUUUUCACCUCUUGCGGAGCAAGCUCAAGACUUUUUGGUCACGAUUGCAGAGCCAAUCAGCAGACCAUCGCAUAUUCAUGAAUAUAGAAUCACAGCGUACUCACUCUACGCAGCCGUAUCGGUCGGGUUGGAGACAGACGACAUUCUGUCUGUUCUAGAUAGACUAUCGAAGGUGCCCGUAGCGAAAUCCAUCGUCGACUUUAUCAAAAACGCCACUAUCUCAUACGGGAAAGUGAAGUUGGUCAUCAAACACAAUAGGUAUUUCGUAGAGACAACUCAGGCUGAAAUUCUGCAAAUGCUGUUGAGAGACCAAAUCAUCGGCCCCUUGAGAAUAGACAGCGAACUGCAGCAACAACAACAACAAGCCAAAAAUGAGGCGGAGAAGGAAGUCCCAACGGCGGGUGGGGUGGACACAACGAAGAACAGAAACAACGUAAACCCAAACGAUGUAGAAGCCAUGUUCAGUGCUGUUGUGGGCGGUGAUAACGAGAGGGAUGACGAGGAGGAUGACAUUGAUGCUGUGCACUCUUUUGAAAUUGCAAACGAGUCUGUCGAGAUCGUCAAGAAAAGAUGCCAGGAGAUUGAUUAUCCGGUUCUAGAAGAGUACGAUUUUAGGAAUGACCACCGUAACCCUGAUCUAGAUAUCGAUUUGAAGCCAUCGACGCAGAUUAGACCUUACCAAGAGAAAUCCUUAAGUAAGAUGUUUGGUAAUGGUCGUGCUAGAAGUGGUAUUAUCGUUCUGCCAUGCGGUGCUGGUAAAACUUUAGUUGGGAUCACAGCCGCGUGUACUAUCAAGAAAUCCGUUAUUGUGCUGUGUACAUCGGCCGUAUCAGUCAUGCAAUGGCGUCAGCAAUUUCUACAAUGGUGUACUUUGCAACCGGAAAACUGUGCCGUUUUCACAUCGGAUAACAAAGAGAUGUUUCAGACGGAAUCUGGUCUCGUUGUCUCGACGUAUUCCAUGGUUGCAAACACAAGAAACAGGUCUCACGAUUCUCAGAAAGUGAUGGAUUUCCUAACCGGGAGAGAAUGGGGGUUUAUUAUUCUGGAUGAAGUGCAUGUCGUUCCCGCUGCCAUGUUCCGUAGAGUCGUUUCAGCAAUUGCAGCACAUGCCAAACUUGGGCUGACCGCCACGUUAGUCAGAGAGGAUGACAAAAUUAGUGAUUUGAACUUCCUGAUUGGCCCCAAGCUGUACGAGGCAAACUGGAUGGAAUUAUCACAGAAAGGUCACAUUGCCAAUGUGCAAUGUGCGGAAGUGUGGUGUCCUAUGACAGCCGAGUUCUACCAGGAGUAUUUGAGGGAAAACGCAAGGAAGAGGAUGCUAUUAUACAUUAUGAAUCCAACUAAAUUCCAAGCUUGCCAAUUUUUGAUUCAGUACCAUGAGAGAAGAGGCGACAAAAUUAUCGUGUUUUCAGACAACGUUUACGCGUUGCAACAGUACGCUUUGAAGUUGGGGAAACCGUUCAUUUACGGGUCUACCCCACAACAGGAACGUAUGAACAUUUUGCAAAAUUUCCAGUUCAACGACCAGAUCAACACAAUUUUCUUGUCCAAAGUCGGUGAUACCUCGAUCGAUCUACCAGAGGCCACCUGCUUGAUUCAGAUAUCGUCGCACUAUGGGUCUCGUCGUCAAGAGGCGCAAAGGUUGGGCAGAAUUUUAAGAGCCAAGAGACGUAACGAUGAAGGGUUUAACGCCUUUUUCUACUCGUUAGUCUCAAAGGACACACAGGAGAUGUUUUAUUCGACGAAGAGGCAGGCAUUUUUGGUGGACCAAGGUUACGCAUUUAAAGUUAUCACUCAUCUACACGGUAUGGAGAACCUUCUCAAUUUGGCGUACGCAUCUGCGAGAGAACGUAGGGAGCUGUUGCAGGAGGUACUGUUGAAGAACGAGGAGGCUGCUGCACUGGAGGAAGGUGACGAUGCAGAUAACUUUGUUGGCCGCAGUGGUGGCGCUCUCAAGAGGUUCAAGUCGAAGGCAGUGAGGGGCCAAGCGUCUAUGGCUGGUCUUGCUGGUGGUGAGGACAUGGCUUACGCGGAGACGGGUCCAAACAGGAACAAAGAGAUCAAGGAACAUCAUCCAUUGAUCCGUAAGAUCUAUUAUAAGGACGGUAAGAAAUAG